AUGGAAUUGCAUAAAGAUAAGUUGGAGAGAUUAAAUGGAGGUCCGAUUGGACAAAAUUAUGAAGAAAUGAAACAUAAAUUAAUUCAUAACAUGUCAUCGUAUACACUGUCUGAAGUAGAAGAAAGAUUGCUAUGUCGAGGUUGGGAGUUUUGCAUCGAGAAUAAGGUUAAGAAUUUCCUAGAUUUUGAAGCAGAUUUAGAACUAAACGCUAUGAAGUUACAGCCGCAUUGUCAUAGUUCAGUUUUUCGAUUAGUUUGUCAACAGAUACAGAAUGCUUCACAACAACUCAUGAGAGCGUCUAAACAUAAGAAAAUCAACAACCUAUCUGAUGAAGAAUUGGUCGCAUUAAAGUCAUUAAAAUCGAAUAAGAAUAUAGUCAUAUGUAAGGCAGAUAAAGGUAAUAGCAUAGUUAUUUUAGAUCGAGAGGUAUAUAUUAAAAAAGCUGAAGAUAUAUUAAAAGGUGAACAAUUUCAACAAUUAGAUAACGAUAAGUUUCAUCAAGAACGAGAAGACGAAUUGAAUAAGUAUAUUUCUUCUCUGCACAAAGAUAAAAUAAUAGAUAGUAAACUUCGUUACCAGUUAAAGUCAACAUGUUCGUCUAUUUCAGUCUUUUAUGGACUUCCUAAAGCGCAUAAAGCAGGAUACCCUUUACGACCAAUUAUAUCAACUAUAGGAAGCUAUCAGUAUGAAUUAUCGAAAUAUCUAGCUAAAGCGAUUAGAACUGCUCGUCCACAGGCUCCAUCCUAUAUUAAAGAUUCGUUUGAACAGGUAGACGGUGUAGCCAUGGGUAAUCCUUUAGCGCCUAUAAUAGCCGACUUAUGGAUGCAAAAAAUGGAAGACAAAUUAAAUAGAUUUCGUAAAAAUAGACCCACGGUAUGGUUGAGAUAUGUGGAUGAUAUUUUCUGCCUAUUUACUAUUCCAGAAACACAGAUUAAGGAUUUCCACUCACGGAUAAAUAAAUGGCAUGAUAAGUUAAGUUUCACUAUUGAGCUUGAGUCGAAUAAUUCAAUUUCAUUUCUUGAUGUUCUUGUAACUCAAGAUGAAGAAGAUAAGCUAACAACAUCACUGUAUCGUAAGCCAACUCACACAGGAUUGUACAUGCUCUGGGAUAGUAGUCAAAAUCGUCGCUACAAGUUAGGUCUCACAAGAACACUAGUGAUACGUAUCUACAGAAUUUGCUCCAAAGAAUCGAUAAUAACAAAAGAGCUCAAUUUGUUAAGAAAAACACUAGCCGACAAUGGAUAUCCACCACAUAUAGUUCGAAGAGGUAUAGUUGAAGGGGAAUUAUGUUCUCACAAAGUAAUCGAAAUGAUAUCUAUUUCAUUAACACAUCUUAUUGAUACCUUUACAACACCAACAACUCCAACGGAACGAAAAUCAACAACAUCAACAACUCCAACGAAACAAAAAUCAACAACAUCAACAACGUCAACAAAACCAACAUCACUAAUCAGCCAAUUAUCGCGAACAAUUGUUUAA